UUAUAUUUAUUUUACAGAAUAGUGCCCUAUGCGAAAGGGGCCUCGUACCACGGCUGUUGUGAUUGAUCAUCGAAAGAGUGUGUUCAAUUUGUUAUAUAGCGAUAUUUGUUGGAAUUAUCGUGAAUCAAGAUGUUUGCACCCAGAGGUCGAAUUUAUUACUGCCUUUUGGUUUUUGGUUCAUUAGGUGCUGUUGUGAACUUUCCGGAGGGUUAUUCGAACUCAUACCCAAACACCUCAUACAAGUCGUUUCUCCAAAUGAUCAACGACACGUAUAUAGGUAGAGGUGACGAGGAUGGAAUAGCUCCAGAAUUUUACGUUUGGGUAUGGUCAGCCAUACUAAAUGUAUGGUUUUUGGGAUAUCUUCUGGGAACAUUUGUCACGCCCUAUUACACAGAACGCUUUGGAAGGAAAAAAACCCUACUGGGCUCUAACUGCAUCGCACUCGUCGGCUCGGUGCUCGCAUUCCAAAGCGUGUAUCUUUCCAUACCGGAAUUAUUCUUCAUCUCGAGGGUGGUAUCCUCGAUGAGUUCGGGAAUAUCAUUUGGAGCGUUGAUACUCUUCCUUCAGGAAGCAACGCCUACCGAAUAUCGAGGAAUGACAUCGUUCCUAUCUGAGAACACAUUCACUGCCACUACGGUAAUGGGCAUAGGUUUCGGUAUGGAUGCUAUGUUCGGAAGGGAUUUGCCCGUGCUUACAGGUAUCUCCAUCAUACCCGCGGCAAUGUCCAUUCUCCUUGUGAUACCCCUCAAGGAGACUCCAAAAUAUCUUCUUCUCAAUCAAAAUGAUCGAAAAGCUGCCAAAGAAUCUCUCAGGUUCUACAGAGGAGACAAAGUUGAUCUCGACGCAAUUCUCAACGAAAUGCGGCUCGAAGGUGAAGAUUACGCUAUGCCCGAAACUUCUAUGUUACGCUCGGUUUUCACCGUUCUGCGUGAGCCUCAUCUCCGAAUACCUUUCUUUAUCGGCUGUCUUAGCCUUCAGGUAGUUGUCGGUAUCUGGUCGAUCAUAUACCUUUCGACAGAUAUGCUA